GAUACUGGUGGAAGACUUUAAAAGAUGUGUUCCAGCUGAAUUAACAACAUAUUUAAAUGAAAAGGCAGUGGAAACUUUACAAGAAACUGCUAGGUUGGCAGAUGAUUAUGCUUUAACCCAUAAAUCCAAAUGGGGACAACCUAAAACCUUUCAAAAGAGUUACAAAGACAAUCCAGGUAAACCGGAGAUUAAAUUGGGAGGUAAUCAAAAAGGAAAAGAUGAAAAGAAGCCAGGGCUGGAGAAACCUGUUGAGCGUACUUGUUAUUACUGUAGGAAACCUGGCCACGUGAUAUCUAAUUGUGCCCUUUUGAAGAAAAAGAAGGAAGCUGGGCCCAAUGCUUGCUUUCAGACAAUUAAAAAUCAAAAAGGUUCAGGAGAUGCUGUUAAAGAUCAGUCCUUGCAAGAGGGAAAAGCGGAAAAGUUGGAGGAGAUCAUCAUUGAUCGUGUCCAAGAUACACACCUGUUGAAAGGAAACAUCAGGUGUUGCUGACAUGAUCUGGAUCUGAAGAGGCUUGUACGUGUGGGACAAAGGAGCCACAUCAUCCAUGUCAUGUUUGAAACCGAAACAGAGCAAUAUUUCGCUGAGCAGAGAAUUGUGUGAUGGCACGUGAUAAUGGCAGGGAAAGCAUCUCGCCGGCUCGAACCUCCCUGACGUCAUUUGAAGCAGUAGAAGAAGCAGACAUCAUUCACUGGAUAAAUGAUCCAAAUGGACUCGGUCGCCUCAGUCGCAGCAGCAGUGCCAAUGGCCCAGAGUUGUAUUCUGCAUCUGAGAAACCAGAAUUGUACAACGGCCGUACUUUAUUGGUCCUCACUUCCAGUGGUCCCUGGUGGUCUCGGGGAUUCGAUCUAGAGUCAUGUGAGGAAGAUCUUGCCCGAUUUGGAAUCCAGAUUCCACCGGAAGAUUACAAGCUGCCCAUUCAAGCAUCACUGAUGAGCUCAGAAGUAAGAAGAUACAUGUACUUCAGUUCCAGUGGCUUCCUGAUGCUGCUCGCCCCAGUAUUCUACCUGGCCACCUGGUGCUGCCUGUUCUCCACCUUCCACCUCUACCUGAGCCAGUAUCUGAAGAGCUUCUUCUGGGCUUUCUGCUUGCUAAUCAGUACCGUCGCUGUGCUCCUCACCACGGCCCUGCUUCUCAUACUGCGCUGGCACAACAAAAAGAUCAAUGUGAACACAGAUGUACGUCUCAUGUGGGCCAAUGAGAACCUCGCAAAGCACAACAUCUUGGUCGGAGCAUUGGAUGUGACAAGAUAUUGCACAAGUGUACUACAUCUCUGCUUCAUUUAUUUCAACAUCAGGGAAUGCGAGAGGAGACUGGCUUCUCUGCUGGAAGCAAGACAUCACUCAGGUCCUGGGCUCCAGUCCUUUCUGCAUCAGAAGCUGGGACAUCUCUGCAUCGUCAUAGAAACAAGUCAAGUCAGUCCUCUGAAUGACAUGGAUGCAGGGUCUGAAGAAGCUCCACUGUUACCAGGGAACGGCGAUGGCACUCUGAGUAAUGGCAGUCAGCAACCACAGCAUGUUUUUAACACUUUGACCUGCCUAGUCCCCAAAGGCACAUCUGAGGAAAUAGCUUAUCAGCUGCUGGUCACAUACAGUGGAUUUUAUGUAAAGCUCCUUGUCAUGAACCAGCUUCCUCGCACCAGGGCUUCCAUUCACACAGAAGAUGCACACAUCCCUUGUCUUUGUCAGUACAUUGAGACCUCAAUACUGAACCUACCAAGCUGUGAAUCAAAUUAAUCACCUCAGCUGUGAACUUCAGACGUUUAUCAACUCUGAAACAUUGCGCAGGUAACAAUAUUGGACUUUGAACAACAACCAUGUUAAAACCGUGAUCAGGUCGGCUGAAUGCAGUUGUUUCUUAAACUUGUCAGGAUAUCCAUGAAAAUCAUCUGUUGAUCAGCUGCCCAUAUACUGACAGGCAAUGACUUUCACAUCUCAUCAAGAAGUAUGGCUGGAGUUUACUCAGACUUUGCGCUUUGCAAUGUUUGUCCAAAGUUGUUACACAUUCAUUGGGUAGAGCAUUUGGAAAUGCUGGUUCAUCUUCCCCUGCUCUCCUUCCAUCUUUUCCCUUCCAACCCCCACCAUCACCGCCCAACUUCUCCUCCGCUGCCCUGUACUGUACCCAACAGGUGGCAUUGCUCAGUUUCCAAUCCAUUGAUAUUUAUUGAUGGACAACUGCAGGUAAAACAGUGAACAGCUUUGACAGAAUUGAUUAAAGCGAACCUUGCAGUGGCAGGAGAGUUGAUACAACAACAAAGCACCAAUUGGCAAACAAACAAGAGGGGAGUUGGGUUUUAUUAAAUGGCAGAAAUGCACUAUCUGAAAGGGCAGUGACAAGCAGCAAUUUCUUAAGGGGGGGGGGUGGGGGGGUAGUUUUAUGUCUGUGUGAAGAGAUCAGACCAGAGGGUGUCUAGUUGGAUCAGAGAGUGAGUGCAAUACUCUAUCCUGUUUUCUUUUAUAACUCAAUGAACCUGUGAUUUAUGCCCAGCAACCCAUGGUGCGAAGCCCUUUCCCAUGGAGUCUGUAUAGGUAGACCUGAAAAUAUAGUGGCUCUAUUGGUUGAGUUCAUUUACUGUGCAAACAACUUAAAUUUCUAUACCAAAAAAAAUAUUUUCUUUUCAAAGUAUAAAGAUUUUUUAAAAAGAUACAAACUGCUGCAAAGGUUUAGCUUUAAUUUGUUAAGAGAUUAUUUAAUGGCAUGCGGAAGACAAUUGGGUAAUUCAAUUGUGAAUAGCAAGAUUUUCGGGAGAGUUGGUGUGCUUCUAGCAAAGUAUGAGCUCCCCUGGAUUUUAGUCUGAAAUAAAGUGCUUUUGUAUUUUAAGAGCAGCAGUAUUAUUUUUAAAUUGCUCUGUUGUAAGAUUUGAGUUUGGGCGUGUACGUUUUACCAAGCAGCAUCACGUGACUGGGUGUGCAGAUACCUGUAUAGUUACACACUGGGCAAAUAGUGAACUAUUGAAGAGAUGGCGCAAGACCAUGGAUUCAGGCAGCGAUGCAGAUAAACAUCAAGCAACACAUGGCCUUUGCCCAGUUACCCAGGCUGCACCCAAAUAGCUCCAAACAGAUUCAACUUUCUUAAUUAGUGUCACAAUUUACAACCAUCUCACUUGAUACUUUCUAUUUAAAGAAAGAUUCAACAGUGAAUGAGGGGAGAGUGGAUUUCCCUGCAUUUAUUUGCAUUAAGGUGCAGCGAGUCAUAGAAUAAUACAGCAUGGAAACAGGCCCUUCGGCCUAACUGGUCCAUGCUGACAACAGCAUCCUCCCUGCUAGUCCCAGUUGCCUGCAUUCGGCCCAUAACCUUCCAAUCCCCUCCCCUCCAUGUACCUAUCCAAAUGCCUCUUCAAUGUUGCAAUUGUACCCACCUCAACCACUUCCUUUGGCAGCUCAUUCCAGGUACUCCCCGCCCUCUGUGUAAAGAAGUUACCUCUCAGUUCUUUUAAAUCUCGCCCCUCUUAUCUUGUAUCUGUGCCCUCCAGUUUUGGACUGCCCAACCCUGAGGAAAAGACCAUAACCGUCUACCUUAUCCAUUCCCCUCAUGAUUUUCUAAACCGAUGAGCUCACCCUCAUUCUCCUUCUCUCCAAGGAAUAAAGAUCCAGUGUGGCCAACCUCUCCCUGUAACUCAGGCCUUCUAGUCAAGGCAGCAUCCUCGUAAAUCUUUUCUGCACCCGCUCCAGCUUGACAAUGUCUUUCCUCUAACAGGGUGACCAAAACUGUACACGAUGCUCAAAGUGCCACAGAAGUAUAGGAUAAUUGUGGGUUUUAUUUACAGUAUGCAAGGCCAGUAUUUAUUGACAGUCUCUAGUUAUCCAGGAUGAUGGUGAUCCAGCUUAUUGGUAACCACUGUUGUCUCUGUGGUAAAUGUUCUUCCGCUAUGCUUUUGGGUACCGAUUUCCAGGAUCCAGUUUGGUCAUGUUGUGGAGAGUGAGAAGAUUGCCAAAGGAUACAGUGGGAUAUAGAUCAGUUGCAGAUAUGGGCAGAGAAAUGGCAGAUGGAGUUUAAUCCAGCCAAGUGUGAGGUGUUGAGCUUUGGGAGAUCAAAUGUAAAGGGACAGUACACAGUUAAUGGCAAGACCCUUAGCAGUGUUUAUGUACAGAGGGAUUUUGGGGUCCAAGUCCAUAGUUUCCUGAAAGUGGCUGCAUAGGUCGAUCAGGUGGUGAGAAAGGCAUAUGGCAUGCUUGUUUAGUAAAGCAUUAGUCAAGGCACUGAGUUCAAGAGUCAGGAAGAUAUAUUGCAGCUUUAUAAAUCUCUAGUUAGGCCACAUCUGGAGUGUUGCAUUCAGUUCUAGUUGCCCCAUUAUGGGAAGGAUGUGGAGGCUUUGGAGAGCUGCAGAAGAGGUUUACCAAGAUGCUGCCUGGAUCAGAGGGAAUGUGCUACAAGAAGGGGCUGGACAAACUUGAGUUGUUUUCUCUGGAGCAUCAGGGGCUGGGGGGAGACCUGACAGAAGUUUAUAAGACACAAGAGGUGGAUAUAAACAGCUGGUAUCUUCCACCCCCGCCCCCCCCCGAUCAAAAUGUUUAACACUAGAGGGCAUACAUGUAAAGUGAGGGGGGCAAGUUCAAAGGAGAUGCGUGGGGCAUGUUUUUUUAAAAAACACGGAGAGUGGUGGGUGCCUGGAAUGCAGUGCCGGGGGAGUGGUGGAGGCAGAUACGAUAGAGGCGUCCAAGAGGCUCUUCACAUGAAUUUGCAGAGAACAGAAGGGUAUGGACAUCGUGGACAGAAGGGAUUAGUUUAGUUAGGCAUUUAAUUACUAGCUUAAUUACUAGUUCAGCUCAACAUUGUGGGCUGAAGGGCCUAUUCCAAUUCUAUGUUCUACACUUAAGUAAUUAAGGAAUAGCAACAGAUUACCACAUUAGGGUGGUGUGGAUCUGGACAGAAACAUGCAGGUAGCAGUCAUUACAAAUCAUCUGCCCCCUUUGUCCUUCAUGGUAAAGGAGCUCAUUUUGUUAACACCAGAAAAAAAAAUUCACUUUAACACCAUGUAGACUUAAAGCUAGUCAUUGCAUCACAAUAGAGUAAUACAACGUGGAAACAGGCCCUUCAGCCCAACUGGUUCAUGCUGAUCAAGAUUCCCAACUAAGCUAGUCCUAUUUGCCACAUUUUGGCCCAUAUCCCUCUUAACCUUUCCUACCCACGUACCUGUCAAAGUACCUUUUAAAUGUUGUUAAUGUAGCUGCCUCAAACACUUUCUCCAGCAGCUUGUUCCAUACACCGACCAGCUCUGGGUGAAAAAAUUGCCCCUCAGGUUCCUAUUAAAUCCCUCCCCUCUCACCUUAAACCUGUGCCCUCUAAGUUCUUGAUUCACUAAUCCUGCAGAAACUGUGCACAUUGACCCUAUCUAUACCCGUCGUGAUUUUAUACACAUCUAUAAUAUCACCCCUCUUUCUCCUAUGCUCCAGUGAAAAAUGUCCAAAACAGCUCAACCUCCCUCAACAAGUCAGUCCCUCAAGUCCCAGCAACAUCCUCAAAAACCUCCUUUGCACUCUUUCCGGGUUAAUUGCAUCUUUCCUAUAGCAGGACAACAAAAACAACACAAUAUGCCAAAUGCAGCCUCACCAAUGUCUUGUGUAAUGACUUAACAUACUUCAGGAAAGUAAUGCAAGAAAUAGCUGCCAAUUUGCAUAUAACAAGCUCCCAACAUGAGCAGAUUAUCUUUAAUGAUAUUGGUUUAUCGAUAUAUCUAGGUUUUGGCCACAGGGAGAACUUUCCUGCUCUACAAUAGGGCUAUGAAAACUUCUCGUCUACCACAGAGGGUGAACUGAAAUGCUCCACCCACUUGCACUGGAAAUAUUGACUAUUGGAGUCCACAGAGUUAGAGUUGAACCGAUGUCAGUACGGGAUCAACCAAGAAACAGUUAACACCAUUUACCAGGAUAUCUGCAAAAUCACAAUCAAGACACUCCUUCAAAAGGAUUUAGUCUGGGUCACUAAUGCAAAUAUCAAAUUCAUCUACACCACACCUUGCAGCAUGCUGGGUCUUCAGCUGCCUGGCACUGGAAUGCCAUCCCUACCCAUUUCUACUUCUCUCCUGAGACAAUUCCUCCUUUAAAAUCUACCUAUUUGGCCACAUCAUAGUCAUGCAGCACAGAAACAGGCCCUUCUGCCAUCAUAUUCAUGCUAUCCCAUUAUUUUCACUCACAUCUGCAUCCCCACUCACCUACAUUGAAGUUUACAGCAGCCAAUUAAUCUAUCAACCGGUGAGUCUUUGGCAUGUGGGAGGCAACCUGAGCACCCGGAGGAAACCCACAGACAGGGAGAAAACUGGGAGAACAUGCAGAUUCCACACAGAAAACACCCAAGGCCAGGAUCAAACCUAGUCUCUGGAGCAGUGCAGCAACAGUCUUAACUGCUGUGCCUGCCUUUGAUA